AUGAGGCUGCUGGCUCUCCUCCUCCUCCUUCUGGUCUGUCUCUUCCAGACCACGGCAGGCAGGAAAAAAGAUCUUGAAUGUGAAAAGUUGGGUGGUGCCUGCAAACACCAGAAAACCCACGGCUGCACCAUCCUGGCUGCGGAAUGCAGAAGCCGAAACAAGCACUGCUGCAGGCUGUAG